UUAGGGUUUUAGCCGUUUUCAUGAGUUUUGUAACUUCACUUUGGUCUUGAAGUUACUGAUCCUUGUUCAACUAGGGCUUUGUGUACGGCGGCUAGGGUUUCUAUUCCCUUUCUGUUUCUCCUAACCCACAUAUAUACAAUUUUUUUCAUUCUAACUUUUGUUAGGGUUUUGCAUAAAAAGUUCUGAACUUUGAUCAUUUUUUUCAAAUUCACAUACAAAUUCAAUUUUGGUUUUUGAUCUGCUUUGAUGAGAUUUUGUUUUAGCCCAAGUUACAAUCUGGGUGUUCUUGAUUGUUCUCUGGAAGUCCUGUAAUCAACAUCAUAUUCAGAUUUGAACUUAAAUUCUAUCUGGGUGUUCUUGAUCAAUCAGAUAUAUUCAGCCAAAAUCAUGAGUUUUCCUGAUCCUCAACCACAGCCUCCCUUUGUGCCGCCUUUUUCGCAAGGUGAUAUUGUUGGCUUUUGGCCUCAAAUUCCAUUAAACGAUGAAGACAUGGACUCACAUUCACAAUUUGAUCAUGGACCCCUUUUUAAGAAGCCAAGAAAUUUUGGAAACAACCCAGCAAAUUCCACACCUUUUCCACCAAUGAAUCCGAGGAUUAUGGAUCUGACAAACCCUCCAAUCAAUAGAGGAACUGGCCAUAUCUUUUAUAAGACACGUAUGUGCUUGAAAUUUUUGGAGGGUAAUUGUCGGAAUGGAGAGCAUUGUACCUUUGCACAUGGGCCUGAAGACUUGCGAGAACCCCCACCCAAUUGGCAAGAAAUUGUUGGUGCGCGUGACAAGGACAAAGGGCUGGGAAAUUGGAACAAUGAUCAGAGAAUGGUGCAUAAGAUGAAAAUUUGCAAGAGGUUUUAUAAUGGAGAAGAGUGUCCUUAUGGGGACAAAUGCAAUUUUCUUCAUGAGCAGAAGUUCAAGACUGAGAUGGGGAGCCCGAGAGAGUGUUCUGCAAUAAGCAUUGGAACUACAGGGUCUAUGGUGGGGAAUAGGAGUGUUUCUGAUCAAUUCGAAGUGAAUACUAAUAAGCAUGUUAAUGCUAGUUCUGAUGAUUUUCGAGAUUAUAUGAAACCUACUUAUUGGAAGACAAAGCUCUGUAUCAAGUGGGAGACCACAGGACAGUGUCCUUUCGGUGAGAGAUGCCAUUUUGCUCAUGGGCUGUCAGAGUUACAGGCGCCCGGUGGCCACAUUGAAGCCGAAGCAGUGAAUACAUUGUCUAUUCCAACAAAACCCGUUUUGGUUCCUGCAAAUGAUGUUGUACCUCCUAGCAGGACAGUAGUCUGUGCUCCUGCAAAGGAAGAUGUUAAGGGUAAGAAAUGCUUUCCAAAGUGGAAAGGAGCCAAGAAGAUCGAUCGUAUUUAUGCUGAUUGGAUCGAUGAUCUGACACCUCCUCUGAGCUUGCCAAACAAAGUACAGAGCUGAGAAGUCUAUGAUUCACUUCAAGUUCUUUUGCGUAUGGAGUUUCUUUUGCGUUUUAUCCAACAAGAUUAAGAAAUGUUCAAUGGGUUCUGCAAUUUUGCUGUCAAUUUUGAAGGUACCCUGCAAGUUCAUUUUGAUUUAUCUCAAAGGGAUGAAAACAUGAUGGAAUGCAUGGUUUUUGUUCUUUUCUUUUCUUUUUAUUGUCCUCUAUUCAUUAAUCAUAUUAAGUUUUGAGAUUUGGAAUUGUUUGUAGACAAGAAUUUUAAUAAGGAAAUGUUUUGGUUUUCAAUAAGAAGUGUGCUUGUUUCGAAUGAA